AUGCCAUCUGACGUCAUUGGUUCACUCAUCAUUCUUAGCUUAUUGUUGUUGGUCAGGCAGAGUGCCGUUACAGCACAACACGGUGUCACUUACAAAGAGCCGGAGCUGGAAUGCCUUGACGAUGGUAUUCGGCUUCACAUUUAUCCUGUUGGAGUAUUUGUUGGACACGUUUAUGUGAUGGGACAUUUUGCUGGAGAGUACGUCCACUCAAAGUUUUAUUUCUACUUUUGCGGGCACGUGUAG